GUCACAAGUUUGCAUCUUUGCACCGUCUUAACUCAUUAUGAACAUGGGUAGAUUUAUUUGCGCUGUACUUCUUUCAGUUCUGGCUCUGACUGCAUCAGCUAUUGAACAAGUCGGUACCCGCGUGGAUCUGAUCGAGACUCGCGGCGUGACCUCAACGCUGUUCCUGAACAAUCCUUACGACGCCGGGGACUGGGGCUUCAUUGGUCUCUGCCCGGAGUACAGCUUCGUGCACGCCUUCGAGAUCCUUUUCGUCCCGCCUGGUAAUGUGGACGAGACUGCCAUUAACGCAGUGAAGCUGUACUGCAGCACAGAGCAGCACUUCGAUGUCGGCUAUGUGGAGAGUGCCGCUGGUCCUGAUGGUCUCUGGUAUGGCAUGAAGGUUUGUCACGGCACCUUCAUCACGGGCUUCAGGGCAAAGGUUCUGGAGUAUCAAGGUGUGUUCACGGACGACGUCGCAGUGCAGGAUUUCCAGGCGGAAUGUAACUACGGAGAAGAAAUUUUGUCCGGAAUUUCGCUUCUUGACGAAGAGGAUGCGACCCCAGUGGAAUUCAACGACGGGGAAUGGAGUGUCUGGGCGCAGUGUCCUCCCGGCAACGCUGUCUGCGGACUCCAGACGCGAGUGGAAGCCCCACAGCUGGCCGACGAUGACACGGCGGUGACAGACAUCAACCUCUUCUGUUGCCCGCGCAGCCCAGCCAACAGCACCAUGUACAACCGUUACUAAUGUUGUCCAACAUCGAUCAGCACGCAAUGUUAUCCACCAACAACACGCAACAGCAACAUCGAUCAGCACGCAAUGUUGGCCACCAACAUCAAACAUAAUCCUCGCCAAGGAGCUUGUUAAAAAUUUUCUUUGCCAAAACACACGCUUGUCGCGAAAAAAAAAAGAAUAUUGAUGAUAGUUGAAUUUGUAGGAAUAAACAAACAUGGUAUUUUAGGGGAGCGUCUACCUUAGAAAUCGAAGAACUUUCGUUUCCUAUAUUUUUCAUUUCAUUUAAUAGAGAGAACUAUUACAAAUCGAAUAAAAAAUAUCCCAGGGUUCCAUCAGUCAUGGUUUCAUUAUGAGGCCGAUUUGAACAUUUAUAAAAUGAACAUUUUAUAACGAUUGUUUUUAAUGAUUUUUUUCAAUUAAAUCUGUACUUAUAGAUCAUUAUUCGCAUUAAUUGCAAUGUGUUUGAACUCAUUUCAAAGCUACAAACAAUAAGAAUACGCGUUCAAUAAAGCAAAUACCAUGGAUGUACAUGCAAUAUAUACUUUUUGGCGUAAGGCGUUUGUGAAAUUUUAUAAAAUGACUGUAAUAUAUAAAUAUAUCACAAAAGUCC